GAGGCGUGACGUCGCUGCCCGCAGAGAGGCCCACUCGGGCGGGAGAGGAGCGAGGCAAAGACGCCGCAGAGGCGAGCAGCUAGGCGCGGCGUCUCAUACACGGAUGUGAGGGUGGUGGUGGAGGAGGAGGGGGGACACGCCGCCACCUCCACCGCCUCGUCGCGGCAGGGUCCAUCGGUGUGUCUGCAUCGGGAGCGACAGGGACAUGUCCUCGCCGAACGAGGAGCAGAGAUGGGUCCCGACACACGUCCAGGUGACGGUGCUGAGAGGCAGGGGGCUGCGGGGCAAGGGCAAGCACGGCACCAGCGACGUGUACACCGUCAUCCAGUUUGGCAAGGAGAAGUACUCGACGUGCGUGGUGGAGAAGACCACCGAGCCCGAGUGGCGAGAGGAGUGCUCUUUCGAGCUGCAACCCGGCGUGCUGAUGGAAGGCGGCGGGCGGAGCGGCCAGCCGGCGGGGAGCGGCGAGCUCGUCCUCACCGUCAUGCACCGCGCGCUCAUCGGCCUUGACGUGUUCCUGGGCCAGGCUGUCAUCCAGCUGGAUAAGGUCUUCCAGGAGAGCAGAGGCGUCAAAAACCAGUGGUACCGGCUGAAUUCCAAGACGGGGAAGAAGGAAAAAGAACGAGGUGACAUCCAAGUCAGCCUCCAGUUCACGCGCAACAACCUUACGGCCAGCAUGUACGACCUGGUCAUGAAGGACAAGAGCUCCUCCACUUUCAGCAAGCUGAAGGAGCGCAUGAGGGGCAAGAGGAGGUCCAGCGACGAAGACUCCUCCUCUGCUGUCCUGCCAGGCGGCUACGGCUCGGUGUAUCGCAUGCGCCAGCGACUGCCCAGCGAUGGCGGCGGGGAGGAGGACUACGAGGAUGACGAGGGCGGCGAGGUGCGGCGGAGCAAAAUGAGGACGUUCUUCCUGAGGGGGAAGCUUAGGAAGUCGUCUGACACACGCUCCAGCACGUCGCUGGGAUCGGAGAGCAGCGAGUCAUCGCGAGGGGGCAGCCUCAGCCCCACAGCGGGCAUCAGUGUGGUGGUCUCUGACCUCUCCAACUCGCCUAGCAACAGCAGCAACCUGACCGCUGACAGCCCAGAGCACACAGCUGACACAUCUCCCAAGUUGUCUCCCCUCCGGUGUGACUUUAGCGAUGACUUCAAUGAAAUCACCAUAACAGUGCCUCAGAUCACUGUGGGCGUCAACGGAACGCACAACAUCCAGCCCCAGGACCAUGGCACGGGAGAUCCAGAAGGUUCCCUCAGCCUGGGACAUCUGCAGAAGACUUUGCCUCUCUCCGUGUCAUUACAGAACCUCCGCCCAAGGGCCUCCACAGACCUUCUGCACGGCACGGUUGGAGACGGACGCCGCUGGUCUUUUGAUAAGGCCGGUGAGGAGGAGACAGCGGCCAUAGCGGCAGCCCUGGAGAAAAACUGCCCUGUGCUGGGAGGGGAAGAAGAGGCGGAAAGGAGGAACUCCCUUCCCAACGGAAGGAGCAAGACCGCGGAGGGUCGGACCAGGGGCGAGCCUGAACACAGCACAGCCGCUGAAGGAAAACACAAAGAGUGGUUUGGAUCCAAGGAGUUACACUGCAAGCCAAGCCUGGUGGUGUCCACAAUACUAGACCCCAACAAUGACCCACCCAUUCCAACCCUCCCAACUAAACACCACCUCCCGUCUCCCCCUUCAGUUCCUCCCUUUCUUCUUUCCCCCCUGCAACACUCUAACCCCUUCUGUCGCUCACAGCCGGCGGUGACCACCAUGUCACCCGGCAACCCUUUUCUCUCUUUUGUCCAGCACAAUCCUUUCUAUGAAGACAUGGUAAAGCCACCCCUCAAUGCUUCGCUACCUCCUCUGCCCUUCCUUUCCAGUUCCCGGCCGCCCAUUGCGCAACUCUUUCCCGAGUCGGGUAGCCUUAACCCAGCCCAGGCCUGUGACAGUCCAAGUUCCGAGGACUUUAGCACUUGCUUCGCCAAUGUUUCAUCUCCUGUUUCUGUUUCCACGGGAGAGGCUUUGAGCAAAAAGGCUCCGAACCCUUUUACACCUGCUGAGGAUCAGGAACCUGACCCAGAGUGGGACGAAUCCUUUGAAGUGUUUACAUCCUUUAGGCUGCAAAUUCCCAAAGACCAGACCACAGCUGACCAAACAUGUCAGAGCUUUGCCAGUGCUUUUCCUGAGGAGCACAGCAUUAAGGAAGGGACAAAUGCCAAUGGGAACGACGCACUGAAUCCUAAAGCUUCAGGUGUCCUUGUGCAUUGUUUGGACCCGAUCCCUGAGGAUGCAAGCUUUGAGUACCACAACGAAAUCUUCAGCACAUAUGUAAUCUCUCCAACAUCGUACCCUCACCCUGAAUCACAUCAAGCUAACAGCAUCACAAAUACAAAUAUCUUAACAGACACUUAUCCCGCAGCCAAUCACACUUCCGGUUUACCUGGUCCCGGUUCUUCGGGUAUAGGCAGUUCUGUUGAUGAUGACUUCCUCUCCUGCCUUUCUUCAUAUUCAGCGUCAGACAUGUUCUCAACUUAUUCGUCAGAUGAUACCGAGCCGCAGAAGUGUGAAAGCAGCCUUCUUUGCUUGGAGAUCUUGUCUGAAUCAGUUCUAACUUCAAAGGAUUGUAGAUCUGCAGAUGAUCUUUCAACUGGUGCAGCCCAGCAAAUUGUGAUUCAGAACCAACAGGGGGCUGUAGAGGCCGACUGGUUAGAUCCAAGGAGGUCAGCAGUUCUUACACUUGGAUUAGAAGGUGCAGAUAUACAAACGCCAGCAAACGACGUCCUGCAACCAAAGCCCAACAUUUCUCCACACUCUAACCAGGAGACUCCAGAGCAAUGCAAAGGGGUUUCCAGUGGAUCCAUGGAGGAGUUUUCACAUCCCAGUGAUGAAGCGCGCUCCUCUCUGCCAUGUUUCUCCAUCCUCACCUCUUCCCCGGACGCUGGGAAGUCUUUGCCCCUUGAGGAUGUGGGAGGACAGGAUGGUCGUCGACAGUGUCUUGGACAUUUUAGGCUUUUUGGGGAACUCCUCACUGUCAACUCGCAGACGUGUGACCAGAGUACCAGCAGCGUUCUCCAAAGCCUCUACAAGAGCGCUGACUCGCAGUGCUACCAAAGCCGGUCUCAACAAUCCUCAGAGCGUUCUGGAGUAUUAGAACUGACUGAGAAGCUACACUCUGAGAACUCCACCUUCUGUGAAGAGCCUGGAGAGGUUCCGAGCCCAGAGGGUUCUACCAAUGGACCAAAGAACCAAACUGACUGGUUUACAGAGUCUCUUGUGAUGGAGGACAGAAAAACUACUUGUGAGCCAGGUUUCACUACACAUGGUGAUAAGAGAAUGCAAGUUCUUCCUGGGACUCUAACAGAAUUUAAGGUAAAACCCAGCAAGGGGGAUCGCUGCGCCGUUCUAGAUGACAUGUUUGUGAAAAACCCGUUGCCACCACUUCCCACGUUGCACCGCUCCCAGUCUGAGGGAACACUCGCAACUGCAUUGGAUGAGCUCCUCCCACUAUCUUUCUGGAGUGAGUCUUUUGCGCUGCAGAAGUUAUCCUCUUCCCAGUGUGAUCCUGAUCUCCCUUCCCUCUUGACGUCCUCUGCUGCUCCUCUAACUCCUCAAAGUAGCUGCUUCCCAUCUUUCCUGUCUACUCUUUCUGACGCUGCUGCGCCACCCAGCGUGCUCGACUCGCCUGCCCGUGCUAAGCCAAAACCCCUGGAGGCGCAGGACUGUCACCAGCCCGCCGCUCAUCAGAAGAACAGCCCCCACCUGGUGAAGCCCUUGAGCACCGGCACGCUGGCAGAAGGCCGCUCAGUCCUGGAGAAGCUCAAGUCCACCAUCCACCCCGGGAGGAGCAGCCAGCCCAGCGAGCAGGAGGCGGAGAGGAAGAAGCCUCUAACAGAGGGUGCCGGUUCCUACUACCACCUGACCCACAGCCAGCUGAUCGGGCUGCUGGUGCAGCGGGAGGCGGAGCUUGAGAGGAAGAAGGCGGAGUUUCAGCAGCAGAAGGCUCUGCUCGCCAAGCGGGAGGUGGAGCUGAGGAGGCUGAAGCCGCAGGUUCGAGAUCUGGAGGACUACAUUGACACACUGCUGGUGCGCAUCAUGGAGCAGAAGCCCACCCUCCUGCAAGUGCGCUCCAAGUUGAAAUGACGCCGCGCUUUUAGAGGAGUGGAUGGAGUGAGGAUGGGGUGAUCGCGGUUCACGAUCUGUUGGCGCAAUCCUCCGCAACAGCUUUUUAGUCUUUUCACUGCUAUGCUGUCCUUUUUGAUACGAGUAUUUAGGCACUGAGAGAUGCUGAGGCGUUCACUCGUCGUGCAAGAAGGGUGUGGUCUUCAGGAAUGUACUAGCUUGUCCUCAGGUUGCUUUCAGGUCACCGAAUUGGUUUUAAGCUUGCCAAGAUGUUUUAAGUUGACCUUUUUGCCUCACCUUGUCAUUUUCACCUCUUGAUUCUAAACGAUUUUAAACCAUUUUCCAAUGCUAGACAUAGUGCGGCAUCAACUUAUAGACCGAAAAGGGAUGUGAUAACACGUCACCGACCAAAGAACUGAAGGCAAUAAAAAAAUGUUGACAUCAGUGACGUAAAAAAAAAAAAGCUCAAAUGAAAUGGAAACAGUUGUGUUUUUAUAUGAAAAAAUAGAGGGGUCGACUACAUACCUGCAAAACUACAGUACUCUUAACAAUACAACACAAAUCACACGCUCAUUAUAAAGACUUCACAACCAGAACAAAACUGCAGUGGUCGCAGCAACGUAGAUCGACCAAGUUGCUCAGAUUCUUUUUCCUGGUCACAUUUGUUCUGCCGGGCACACGGUGGCCGAGUGGUUAGCAUGUUGGCCACACAGUCAUGAGAUCGAAUCUCCGUUGGGCAUCUCUGUGUGGAGUUUGCAUGUUCUCCCCGUGCGUGCGUGGGUUUUCUCCGGGUUCUCCGGUUUCCUCCCACAUUCCAAAAACAUGCACGUUAGGUUAAUUGGAGACUAAAUUGUCCAUAUGUAUGAAUGUGAGUGGGAAUGGUGCCCUGCGUUUGGCUGGCGACCCCGCCUCUCACCCGAAGGCAGCUGGGGUAGGCUCCAGCAUACCCCCGCGACCCUAAUGAGGAUAAGCGGCAUGUAAAAUGGAUGGCUGGAUGUUUGUUGCUCACCGGAAUUCAUAGGGCUCAAUCAUAACUGCCCCAUAGGCCAAUGAACUCGAAGAGCAUAUGCUGGCCACGCCCACUAGUCUCUUUGAAUGACAAGCUAGGAAACUAGUCCAAAUACUGUUCCAAUUAACUAUAUUAUGCACUUCAAUUUCGCACUAGUGUGUUUUAAAUAUAAAAUUAUGUUUAAGAAAAAUGCCCCCAUGCCAUGCAAGAAUCUAAAAUCUGAAAGUGUGCGUUGAGACAUGUCACAACUGUCGUACUCGGACUAGUUUUUACGUGAGUUCUGCGUUGUCGUCAUUUGGAAGCCGAUACUAGCUCACAAAUGAAAAGUGUUCUUAGCCAACAAGUGAUUUGUUAUUUUGAGUGUAUUCCUUCUUUUUUGGUUGUUUGUGUGCAUGUGAGCCGCGCCGGUAACUGGCUAACGACAUCAUCACUCAGUACUUGCCGUCGCAGCUUCACGAUGAAAAAAUAAAAAAAACACGCUUGACUGCCCUUGCUCGGUGUCGCCCCGCACACUUCUACUGGAGCACACACGCCGCCAACCGCUUCAAGGUGUGUAAACACAUUUAAGCGUCGACUGAAAUGCCAAAUGCGCCUUAAUUUUUGUUUAAGUGGUCACUUUGGUUUAAAUCGUGCACUUCCUCUAAAAUGCCAAUUGUUUUCCUAUGACUUUGCGGUGAUAUUGUUUAGAUCACUGCACAAUAAUAACAUGUAUGCAUAACAAUGGAGAGCGAGCAAUGAUGGUGAGUCAUUGUAAAAUUCAACAAAAGCAGCAACACUAAGUAUUUUGCUCUGAUGCCACUUUUGAACAGCUUUUGUGGGUGUCCUUGCACUUCUUCAUUACAAUGUGACUCUACUGUAUCUGCCUACUGAUAGUAGAUGUACUUCACUGCACUUCCCGGUCGCUCCACUGUUCUCUCGGUUCUGCUGUGUGAGCACCAUGAGUAGACUGUAGAGACGUGAAUCCAUACAUGCAUACAUGUGACUCUGCACUUACCAACCAAUGCUCCCAUGUCUUCCAUUUUAAAGCUUUUUAUUCAACCCGAAUGUAUUUUUGUUGUUGUGGGCGCUGCAGGCCUCGGAAAAGGAACGUUUACAAUCCGUGAUGCAAUUCUGUUUCACAAAUUUUGUAUAUUUAAUAAAGAAUGUUUAGUGUUUCUUCCUCACCUCA